AUGGCAGCAAACCUACCUGAAUACAGUGAAUGGAAGCAGCUGGUGGCUGAUAAUUGGGAUUAUUGGGAGUAUUACAAGAACUUGUAUAACUAUAGCAUCCAGAAGCCAAGUAAUACUUUUUGGACCUCAAAAUUAUACCCUAGCCCCCCUCCGUAAGCAGCAAAACCAUUGGAAAACUCCCUAUUUUUUGCCCAAAAAACCACCCUCUAUGAGCAAACAAAAAUUUUUAUGAAAAAAAAUUGAUAUAUAAAUGAUAAUUAGUAUAAUGAAAUCUCUAGCUAAUUCUGUUUAAUUUUAAACAGCUUGCAUUUAAAUAUAAAAUUUUGCUAAUUAAUUUUUGCUUCUCAGUUUUUACAAAUUAGAUUUUUUUAAAUUUUUUCUAUAAAAAUUAAAAAAAAAAAGCCCUCCAUCACCGAACACAAUUUUUUUUUGUUCGCUUACGAAGGGGGGGAAAUAAGUAUUAUCAAGAGCGAUUAUUGAAGAAACAAUAUUCAGAGAAUAUGCAAUUGCUUGGAAAAAUUCACGAGGCUGAGCUUGAAGAUUACGUUAAGCAGACUGGAGACGAGAACAUGAGAUUUAUUUACAAUUAUCACAUCAAUGGCGCAAAAGUUAAAGUUGAAACUAAAAUUAUAAGGCCAUAAGUGGAUAGACUACUAGUCUGCCUAUCUGACUUAAACCCACUUAACCUAAUGGUUAGCUCCCUAGGCUAGAGCCACCUCCUGCAGACACAGGGCUAUUCAAGGGAAAGCCCUAUAACCCAUUAGUCCCGAUAAGUAAGGCAUUCCUAGACCGAAGGCCUACUUCAACAAGUGACAGAGGCACUAUUUUCACCUUCAUCGGGAUGGGUCCUACCUGCUCCAUAGGGAGUAUGUUUCGGAGUCAUCUUCCAUCGACAUCAACAUUUUAUUUCUCCUUUGGCGCAAGGAAUGUUUACUUUGAUUGGACUGCUACCUUAGGGUGCCUCGGUUUGGGAUUUAUAUCAUUUGCUAUUGGAAAAAACAGCUCCUGGUCUAUUGUUACUCCAGCUCUUGGAAUGCUUUUUUAUGGUGCUAUAAAAAAUAAAGCAGGAAGGUCUGGGAUAGGAAGCAUGGUAGAUUUCACCAACUGGGUUGCUGAGCAGAGAAAAGCUAAACUCUGGCUUGCAGAAAGUCCACAGAAAUUUGCGAAAUUGCCUUCUUUGCCUGAGCUUCAAAAGCGGGUCAGGCAUUAGCCAUAUUGGCGGUGCAGUCACCAAAGACCUCCCAUACAAGAGGUUCAUCCGCUUUUAGACUCGAGCCCAGAGGGUCUGUGCCACUUCCAGUACCUUCUGUCUCCUCCUUCCUUGAAGUUUCAGUCUUGAGUGGGCUUAUGGAUUUCUGCGGCUCUGCUACGGAUGAUUGGAGUAGCUUGAUUCCUAAGCAACUCCUUAGAGUCUAUCGGGUAUUAAAGUGCCUCCUUCUACAGCGACAGGAAAAAGAUUACUCCCCUGAGGCUUGGGUCGAAAUCCCCGAGUUUCUCAUCAGAGGAAUGCCCAUGGAUCCUUAGAUACAAAAGGAUGCUGUUGAGCAACUCAAUUUCCAACCACAGGAAAGCAGCUAAAACCUAUCCGGAUACACAUCUCUUGAGCCUGCACUUGAUUAUCAACUCGGAGUCUAUCUCAGUUCGCCGUGGCCAUAAGGUCUGGACUGUUACGCCAAGAGGGCAGGCUGACUCGUGUCGCCAUUUUAAUAUAUAUUGAGCUUCAAAAAGCAAAUAGUAAAUUUGGUUAAGGACUUUAAGUAA